GAAAAAAUGGUGGCAAAAGAUCUUGGUGUUUUAAAUCUUCGUUUGUGAAUUUGAUUUGUGUAAAAAUUUAUAUUUAUAUAUAUAUUAAAAAUCGUUUAGUGCAACAUUUUACUUCCGUAUUUUACUAAAAGAAUAUUUUUCAAAAUGACUAAAGAAGCCAAUAAAACUAAACUUCCAACCAAGAAAGUAAUUGCAUCUCCUAAAACCAAUUCGGAAUUUGAUGUAUUUUUAAAAAAUCAACAAAAUAUUGUAGCCAGACUCAAAACCGAAUUAAAAUCGGCCAUUAGUAAGGUUAAACAUGGCGACUGUGACACUGCAGAACAAAGGAAACGUUUUCUCGAAUUGGAGCGAAGCAUUAAUCAACGUGAUGGUGAGAUACAUACACUCAACACUAAUUUAGAAAAAUUAAAAGAAGAAAAUAAACAUAUUUUAAUGGAAUUUAAUAUGUUUAAAAAUAAGUUCUGCCAACUAGAAACUGAGUACGAUAACAAUUUGCAACAACUUAAGGAGGAAAACGAAAAGUUAUUGGAACAGUUGCAAAAACAAGAAACCACAGAAAAUCGACAUAUAGAAGAACUUUCAUUUAGUUGUCAGGAAUUACAACAAAAAUUACAGGAUAAUUUAAAAGAUUUUACUGAUUUAAAUGAGUUACAUAAAGAAACUAUGCACAACUAUGAGCAAAUGAAAAUCAAAUUUGAAGAACAAGUGAAAGAAUUUGCAUUGUAUAAAAACCAAGUUUAUGAGGAAAGAAAUUUAGAGAAUGAAAGAUAUAAACUUGAAUUUGCCAAAUUAUCGAAUGAGUUAAGAGAAAAGGAUGAUAUGUUGCAGCAGUGUCUAGCAGAUAAAAAUCUUUUGGAAAAGGAAAAAAACCUUGUAAUAGAUGGACUUAAUAACAAAAUUUAUCGUAUUGAAAAGGCCUUCAAUCAACCCACAAAAGUUGUAACACCCAUGGUAACUUUGCCCCAACAAGUGGAUAAUUUUGAUAAUAAUUCUACUUCAGAAAGUUCUAAUGAUAAUGUGGCCACAUCUAAAUCUCAAGUACGCAGACCAUUAGAAAUCCUUUCAAUACAAUCUUUGUCAAAUAAUGAAAAUAAAAAAACUGAACAAAAUCAAGAACAACGUAACUACAAGUUUAAACGUCCCAUACAACCCACUACCAGUUCUCAGCAAACGAAUGUGGCUACAAAUCUCAAUACAAAUAAUAGAAAACGACGAAAUCAACCACAAAGACCAGGAGCAGUAAAGAACUACAAUGAAUUUUCAAUGUCAUCUAGUGAUGAUGAUAGUAAUUAUAAUGGUUUCUCUCAGCUACUUUGGCGUCCAAAUGCGGAGUGUUACGUUCCAGAUACAGAUGCCUCUGAAGGUUUUGCUAAACCUAAACGCAACAAAAAAUAAUUGCUAAUAUCAGCAAUUGAUUUAUUUUUUUUUUAACGAAAAUACUAUUAAAUUGUUUAUUUGUGUUUUAGUAUAUGUUUUACAAAAAAGAACUUCAAAUGAU